GCAUUCUCCAUCUGUGGGCCAAUCAGUGUACCGGCGUCUGUGUCCGUCUGGAGAACUGUGGUUGCCCGUUGUCGUGUGCCUUUUACACGUCGUUCUACAGUAAAUAUGGACGGGACCGCAUUGACAGCUGGAUCUGUCACCAUGAACAACAACAACAGCAGCCAGCAGAGCCAUCGUCUAAGAAAAUACAACGAGCUGCCCGUGUGGGUGGUGGAGGAUCACCACGAUGUUCUGCCCUUUAUCUAUCGCGCCAUUGGAUCAAAGCACCUACCGGGCCGUAACAUCAGCUUUGUUCACUUUGAUUCCCACCCAGAUCUACUGAUACCAGUAAACAUGCCUGCAGACACCGUAUUUGACAAAGAAGCCCUAUUCAGUGAGUUAAGCAUUGAAAACUGGAUCAUGCCUGUGGUGUACGCUGGACAUUUCUCUCAAGUAGUAUGGCUUCAUCCAUCCUGGGCCCAGCAGAUAAAGGAAGGCAAUCAUUCUUUCUUGGUUGGCAAGGACAGAUCCACAACUACUAUAAGGGUCACGAGCACAGAUGAUUACUUUCUUAGCGAUGGUCUUUACGUUCCCACAGAGCAGCUUGAAAAUCCAAAACCUCUCGACUUGAGUGUUAUUUUGUUGAAUGGCGUGAAAGAACCAGGAUGUGAUGAUUCAGAAAAGGGAGAAUCUGCUGCUAAGAAAUUAAAGCUUUCAGGAGGUGAAGAUUGCUCAGAUGGUUCUCCAGCAGCGCUGAAACGUGUCCCCUCUGCCGGAUUGUCUUGUGAAGAUGCCGAAGGCAGCUCAAGAAAAGAGACCUCAUCAAAUGAUAACAUGGAAACAUGCACUGAUCCUAAUACCCUGUCUUCACAAAACACCAUUAUGCAAAUACUAGCUCAAGGAGAUGCCUUUGUUCUAGAUAUCGAUCUAGACUUCUUUUCAGUCAAGAAUCCUUUUAAAGAAAUGUAUACUCAGGAUGAAUACAAACUCUUGCAAGAACUGUACAGCUUCAAAAAGCCAAAUUCUGAUAACUCGGAGGACGCGCUGGUAGACUGUGUAGAGAAUCGCGUACGUCAGCUUGAGGACCUAGAAGCCGCGUUUGCAGACUUCUGUGAGGAUGAUGGUGAGGAGACCGUACAAAGAUGGGCUUCUAAUCCCGGAAUGAGCCCCCUGGUUCAGCUUGUAGAUAGCCUCAAAUCUCGGAUGGAAGCCCCUGACUACGAAAUGAUACACCAAGCUGGUCUUACAUGUGAUUAUGCUGAGCUUCCACACCAUGUAAGCUCAGAAACGGAGAUAAACGGUCUUAUUCACGCCAUGAAACAUCUCUUGAAAAAUCUCCCAAAGCCAACGCUUGUCACAUUAGCAAGGUCUAGCCUGGAUGACUAUUGCCCCUUUGAUCAAGUUGAUUUUAUUCAAGAGAAGGUCCUGGAUGUAUUGCGCUCUCUGUAUGGCACAUUGGAUGUCCAUUUAGAAUUUUCUUCUGGCUCAUCUUCCAUCUGAAACAUGUAUGGAACCCCAUUUCACACAGGAUAUGACUAGAUAUGACUAAUGUUUAAGCUUGUAUCAUGUGUCUGAAACCAACUUCUAGUACUGGAACUGAAAGUUGUAUCCCCCCCGCCCAAAAAAAAGCUUCAGUAUAAAGUAACUGAUGAUGCCCCCAAAAAAUCUAUUAGAUCUUUAAAUGUUCAUCCUCGCAA